CUUUGCUGACAGACUGCGGUUGCUUGCUAGUAAUCACAAAUUUACUUUAACCAGCUGGUAAAUAUUGUGCUGGGCUGUUUAUAUAUGGUUUGAUUUUUUCCGAAAAUUCCACUGCGAUUUGAUCUGGCUCCUGGCCAACAAUGGGGGCGAGUGCUAGUCGGGGCUGGGACAACGAAUCGUUGAUUGAUAAGCUGUUGGACGGUGGCUUGUCCUUAUCUCCAGAUUUGGAACGAGCCAUGCGGCUGGUGGAUCGAGGCGACUACUUUGAAGAGAAAAGUUCCAGAGCUUAUAUGGACCUCGCUUGGCGUUCCGGAUCACUACAUCUGUCCGCACCAAGCAUAUACAUUUCUGCACUGAACAACCUGGAUCUUGCUCCGGGGCAACAUUUUCUCAAUAUCGGUAGCGGUUCAUGCUAUUUGAGCACAAUUGUCGGUCUGAUCUUAGGUUAUAAAGGGAUAAAUCAUGGGAUCGAACUAAACGAGAAUAACGUCGCAUUUUCCAAGCAACGUUUGACGACCUUCUUGGCAUCUUCAGACGCUCCUUGUGAGCGGGACUUUUGUGUUCCACACUUCCUGCAUGGGAACAUUUUCAACUUGGUUGUUCCGCCAUCGGUAAGGAACGGUUCGAAUAAUCGGACUGCAGCGCCACAAGAUAGUGGUGAGGAUUCAGAUAGUGACGCUCCUGAGGAUGAAGAUAUGCACCUGUCAGUGAACGAGGAUCCGGACGCAGUACAGAACAUGGAAGUGAAUCCGAACGAAACAGCUCCUGUGGGUUCUCAGGUUGGUGAACGGCAAGCAUCUGAGACGGAUGGUCAUGGGACCCGACCUUCUGGACGCUUAAGGACCGCUGUGCUCAAAAUUGAUCCACCUCCAGUUGUUUCAUUGGCUAAAGCAGACUCACCGUCAACAAACGGCGUCAAGCAGUGGCCUACAUAUGAUCGCAUCUACGUUGGUGGUGGGAUUCGCAGUCGUGCACAGCUGCAAGCACUACUUCGGUUCUUGAAGAUAGGCGGCAUAAUGGUUGCUCCUGUACAGGAUGAACUCCUCAAAAUUACCCGGAUCUCAGAGGACCGAAUCAGUCGUAUUGACCUCCUAUCCGUUAGUUUUGCCUCACUCGUUGUUCCCCCGGCAAACAGUGAAGCUCAUCCUAUUGAACCUCCUCCUCUUGAAGAAGUGCCUUCGCUACUUCGACUUUGUGCUCGUUUUAUCCGUCAACUGUUACGAACCCCGAUAGAAUUGCGCCAGCAUGGUCGUCCAACCCUUGGUCGGAUGAUCGAGGUUGAAUCGUACGGGGCAAUGAAGAAAAAGAGGAAGAAGAAAAAGGAACGCCUCGUGGGUGACAUAUCAGCGGAAGAUGGAGAUUCCCCGUCUACUUCUUACUUGGUUGCUGGCAGUGAGGAAUCUGAGUCGGACAACAGUGGACCUACGGAUGAUGUCCAUCCUGCGAAUGGAAGCACCAUAGUGGACAACAACGACGGCUCGUCUUCUAGGGAUGGUCAGCAGACCUCAUCCCAUUCACACCGGUCCGAAUCACCUGAUUCACAGAGGGAUAGCGGCAGUAUGGUUAGAUUUCUACAUCACUUGCUGCUUCGUUCUCGUAUGGGUAGAAGCGGUGGACCGACCCCACCCCGUCCCAACGAUGUCUCUGCUGCAGAAGAAUCCAGACAGGACGGGAAUUCACCCUCAACCCAAUCAGAUGACCAAUCUCAAAUCCUUGUACUCAACCUAUCACAUGAACAAGACCCACCAAAUGCAGAAGAUACGAUGGAAAAUCGAAUGCGCUUUCAUUUACGAUUCGCCCAACGUCUAUUUGCGAACAUAAUUAGCUCAGAAGAAGAACAGGAUACUCCCGAAAAUCUGCACGAAGCAGGAAGAAGUUCGGAAGAGAAAGGAGUCAAUGAAACUGUCGAAGAAUCUGAGAACGCUGAAGACCAUUCUGUUACUGAUAAUGAAUCUAACCAACGACUACGCCAGGAGAAGCGACGUAGAGGAGUUAAAUACCAACCCCCUAGCUACAGAUAUCGGGAUGAAAUGCGUCGUAUUCUGUCGGAGGAGCUCCACUUGCCGGAAUUUUUCAUCCGACAAGUGUUUGUUAUGUGAUUUUUCAUCUUCGCGCCCAUUGAUCAUGUGCUCUUUAUCAUUAAGAAUCUGAGAACACUGAAGACCAUUCUGUUACUGAUAAUGAAUCUAACCAACGACUACGCCAGGAGAAGCGACGUAGAGGAGUUAAAUACCAACCCCCUAGCUACAGAUAUCGGGAUGAAAUGCGUCGUAUUCUGUCGGAGGAGCUCCACUUGCCGGAAUUUUUCAUCCGACAAGUGUUUGUUAUGUGAUUUUUCAUCUUCGCGCCCAUUGAUCAUGUGCUCUUUAUCAUUAACCACCACUCACUGAACCUGUUCAUAAUUUGUUUUGAAUUUUCACCCUUAACGUCAUCGCAGAACUCUCCCUGAUAUUGAUUUUAAGAUAUGAGAACAAUUUUUUUUCGUCUAUACAAUUGUGAUGUACAUUUUCAGUCACCACAACAAGUCCAGCUUGACAAUUAUUUUUGUGUUCGUUUGUUCUGCCGCGCACUAGAUAAAUCGCUGAUGCGUUUCCGAUAGGGAUUCCAUCGCCGAAGCCAUUUAAUCCUGAAAUGAAACAAGGAGUGUUUUGUUAGUCACUUCUUACACCGUUUGUGAUCCGGUGAAGCAAAUCAACGCUCAACGGAAAAGACAACUUCAGUCAUA